AUGGGACGUUCUUCAUCCGGUGGUGGAAGAGGACGUGUGACUCCUCAGAAAGUCAAGAGCAACUCGAGUUCAACAGUUGUGAAACAUCUAUUUUCAACGAAAGAUGAAAACGAUGGAAAGGCAAGAUCGUCGUACGAAGAUGCCGAGGAAAGAGUGAUUGACUACAUCCAAGCUUCUGGAAUGAAAUGUUCCAAAGACAUGGUGAAAUCAAUUCGAGAUGGAAAGUCGAUCGACUUCAAUGCGAUCGCUCCAAGAUUGAACGCUCCAACUCAAACUGAAGCUGUUGCAAGAGAAACAGAGAUGGCCCAAAACAAGAUUCUCUAUUCUGCAAAGCUCGACGAGAACAUGCGAAGAUCAGCCUACUUCAAGACAAACAAGAGAACCGUCAAAUCAAGCAUCAUGCUGAAGUUUGUGACGAAGGCAAUGGAUAUCAAGCUUCGAGGUGAAGCCGAUUUCACGACUACCCUUGAAGAUCCGAUCGAACUCUUGAAACGUAUUAAACAAUUCAUGAAGAAGAGUGCUGAUGCUGAGUAUGAUUUCUUGCAUUUCUGGGAAGCCAAUCAAAAGUUCUUUGCUAUGAAGCAAGGAACAACGGAAAACUUGAUGCAUUUCAAGGAACGAUUCUUGAGACAGGCUGAAGUCCUGCAAGAUCCGACAUUUUGCAGUCAAGACGAAAGUGUAUGCUGCUAUUGCUAG